GCCCCGGAGUCGUCCCUACCACCCUCCCCCAGCCCCGGAGACCUAGGCGGGGACCCCGGGAUCGGACGUCCCCGCGCCUCCGGGCACCUGGCUCAGCAGGAGUCCCCCGGGUCGGGGCAGGGCGGGGUCGGCAGCGGCGAGCCCGAGCCCCCCCGGCGCCCAGGCCCCUCGGAGCCCUCAGAACCCACCCAUGGGGUACCGGCUCCCCGCGUCCCCUCGCCCGGCCGCGCCCAGCUCGGCGCCCCCAGCCGCGCAGAGGAGGAGCUCGGCGCAGUGACCCGGGAGCCGCUGCAGGAAGCCUCGGCGGCGGCGGCGGCGGCGGCGGCGGAGGCUGGAGAGGCAGGCGGUUCCCCGCACCUCCAGGCGCUUCCAGGCAGCUCUCCAAGCCGUGCCAGAGGCCCGGCUGGCCAUUCUCAGACAGAAGACGGACGCCCAGACAGGAGCCGCGCAGAGGAGGCCAAGGCCGCCAGCAAGAGGCUGCAAGGCCGGGUCCAGGGCCUCCUGACACCCGCUCCCCGCUCUGUGCCGCAGUCCCAAGCCAUGAUGAAGACCCUGUCCAGCGGGAACUGCACGCUCAGCGUGCCCGCCAAGAACUCGUACCGCAUGGUGGUGCUGGGCGCCUCGCGGGUGGGCAAAAGCUCCAUCGUCUCCCGCUUCCUCAACGGCCGCUUCGACGACCAGUACACGCCCACCAUCGAGGACUUCCACCGGAAGGUCUACAACAUCCGGGGCGACAUGUACCAGCUGGACAUCCUGGACACGUCCGGCAACCACCCCUUCCCUGCCAUGCGCAGGCUGUCGAUCCUCACAGGGGAUGUCUUCAUCUUGGUGUUCAGCCUGGAUAACCGGGAGUCCUUCGACGAGGUCAAGCGACUCCAGAAGCAGAUCCUGGAGGUCAAGUCCUGCCUGAAGAACAAGACCAAGGAGGCGGGGGAGCUGCCCAUGGUCAUCUGCGGCAACAAGAACGACCAUGGCGAGCUGUGCCGCCAGGUGCCCGCCACCGAGGCCGAGCUGCUGGUGUCGGGGGACGAGAACUGUGCCUACUUCGAGGUGUCGGCCAAGAAGAACACCAACGUGGACGAGAUGUUCUACGUGCUCUUCAGCAUGGCCAAGCUGCCCCACGAGAUGAGCCCCGCCCUGCACCGCAAGAUCUCCGUGCAGUACGGCGACGCCUUCCACCCCCGGCCCUUCUGCAUGCGCCGCGUCAAGGACGUGGACGCCUACGGCAUGGUCUCGCCCUUUGCCCGCCGCCCCAGCGUCAACAGUGACCUCAAGUACAUCAAGGCCAAGGUCCUUCGGGAGGGCCAGGCCCGCGAGAGGGACAAAUGCACCAUCCAGUGAGCGGGAGGGACGCCGGGGUGGGCGCUUGGGCGGUGCCUUCCGGGAAGUGCCCCCCCCGCCCCGUGCCCGCUGCCCGUGCCCCCUGCCCCCGACGAGACCCCAGUGGCAGCCGUGUUCGAAGGCCUCCGGCUCUAGACCGGGGUACCCCAGCCUCUGACCUCUGUGUGUUCUGCCUCCUCGCCGCUUCCCUCUGAUUCUGCUUUUUUCGAGGUGCCCUCUCCCCCCCCCCCGGCGCAUUUAGCCCCUCCCCGUGGGGACAGGUCACUGCGGGGCUGGGGACAAGGGUGGGAGACAUCCGGACUUGUGCCGGUCCCCAAGUCAGAGCCUUCUCGUCCUUGGGGUUGGAGGAAACGCUGACGCGGGAGGGGCCGGAAUCCCUACGUGGACGGAGCCUUCUGGAACGGUCACGGGUGGAAAUGACUCCCGGGGUCUCCGCCGUGCUGCUUGAGACCCCAGACUCUCGCCCUCUCCGACUCAGCUGUUUGGGCCCCUGCCCCCAGGGUGGCCCCCAGCCGUCCCGGUCGGUCGGGGACGUGAGCCAGUGGCGGCUGUGUGUGUGAAGAGGGGCGUGGCCACGUCUCCCGGCCCACGGCCGUCCCUCUGGCGGAUGCCUCGUCUGCUGGUUGUGUGUUGCUGAUCGUUGUACUGUAAAAGCUACUGACGCCUCGUUGGCCAGACCCCCGCCCAAGUUGGACCCACCGCCUCUGCUGGGGAUGCCUUCCUCCCCCUUCCCAGACAGGGUUCCCCGUGGCCUGCCUGCAGCUGGACACUGCCCUCGAUAAUGAGCUUCACAAUUUACAUUUGCACGGGGCAGGGG